AUGAGUUUAGCACUUGACUUCAAAUGGCAGGAAGUUGGAUUCUUCAACGACACUAAUGUCAAAAAAACGCUUACCCCAAGAGAUAGCGAUUCCUCGACCUUUCUGCAGCAGCAAACUGCCUUUCUGCAGAGAUACAUCAUGGACAAGUACUAUUCUGACUUGUACUGGAACACAUCUUUGGUGAUUGGGACUUGUUUCUUUGCGUGGUUUGCUGCUCGCUUUGGAGGGGGUAUUUUGGCGUUGGUUUUCGUACUUUUCGGUGCAUCUUCGGUGUAUCGUGCCGAGUUCAGGAGGUUCAACCGCAAUCUUCGUGACGAUAUGGCUCGUAUUGGUGCUGCAGAUCGCCUGGAAAACACCAUUGAGACUAUGGAUUGGAUGAAUGACUUUCUGGCAAAAUUUUGGGUUAUUUACAUGCCUGCUCUUUCUGAGAUGGUGUUGCAGCAAGCUCAUGAGGCUUUGAAAGAUGCGGCCCCAGGGUUCGGUAUUGACGAAUUGAGUCUUGAUGAGUUCACUCUCGGUUCGAAAGCCCCCAAAGUUGAAAGUAUCAAAUCUUACACAAAAUUGGGUAAGGAUAUAGUUCAAAUGGACUGGGCUUUUGGAUUUGCUCCGAAUGAUACCGACGACAUGACCAAAAACGAGAUCAAAAAGAAGGUCGACCCCAAGGUUGCGCUUGGUGUCAGAAUUGGUAAGGGUUUCGUUUCCAAAUCCCUUCCAAUUUUGGUCGAGGACAUGUCGUUUACUGGUCGUAUGAGAAUCACCUUGAGAUUUGGCCAGAACUUUCCCCACGUGAAGUCCGUCUCAGUCAUGUUCUUGGAACCACCCAGUAUUGACUAUGCUCUCAAGCCCGUUGGUGGUGAUACCUUGGGUCUGGAUAUCAUGUCCUUUGUGCCUGGUCUUUCUUCAUUCGUCAAUGGUCUGAUCCAUUCGACUUUGAGGCCAAUGCUGUAUGCUCCCAACUCUUUGGAUAUCGAUGUUGAAGAGAUAAUGGCUGCUAACGCACCUACUGCCAUUGGAUGUGUUGCUUUAACCGUCAAAUAUGCAGAGGACUUAAAGACCAAAGACGAGUGCAAUCCAUAUAUCUCGUUCUUCACUGACGAUGCCCCUAGCAAGAUCCACAAGACUGAUGUUAAAGCCAAAACCAGCUCCCCAUGCUUCAACGAGGUCAAGUAUCUUAUUAUUAACAACAUGCAACAGAAACUGAACAUUGAGGCCCAGGAUUUCAAUGAUGGCGACGAUAAGCUCAUUGGAUCUGCUGAUUUCGAGCUUGCCGAUUUGCUUCAGAAAGACGUGAUCACCAAUAAGACUAUAAACCUCACCAAGAGCAGCAGGAAAGUUGGUCGCUUGACCUGUGACCUGCGCUGGUUUCCAGUCCUGGAAGGUGCCACUCUGGAAGAUGGCUCCAAGUCAGCUGCUCCAGACUCUGAGUCCGGUAUUUUGAAGAUUGUUCUUCACGAAGGUAAGAACUUUGACCCCUCGUACUCUCCAUUUGGUAAAAUUUCGGCUUAUGUGCAAGUCUAUCUGAAUGGUGAACUUAUGCUGACGACCAGAGCUUCCAAAGAGACCAAUGAGCCCAAGUUCGGUGAGACUUUGGAGCAUCUUGUGGCCACCAAGUCGCUUGCCGAAGUCAAACUUGUGGUCAGAGAUGGGUCUGCCUUUGGUGAGCCUGUUAUCGGUAAAUGGGAGGGCUCCAUAUCCGAUCUGGUGUUUAUUGACACUGUCAAGUUUGCCCCAUUCGGAACCCUGAGAGUCGAUUCCCAAUGGAAACCUCUUGGAAUCACUGCGGAUGUUGCAACUGCCUCUUUCUUUGCUCCUAUUGGUGUUGCCAGACUCCAUAUCAGACGUGCUGAUGAUCUGCGCAACUUGGAAACUAUCGGUAAGGUGGAUCCUUACUUCAGACUCUUCAUUUCUGGGCAUCUCAAGUACAAGUCUGUGGUUCACCCUUCGUCCUUGAACCCUACUUUUGAGGAUUUGAUUUACAUUCCGAUCUUUUCCCAGAGUCAAACUGCCAGUCUUGAGGUUAUGGAUAAGGAAACCACUGGCAAAGACCGUUCUCUCGGAUCCGCUUCGAUUGAUUUCAGUCCUUAUCUCAAGAAGUCAGGGAGUGGUAACUUUUUGGCGUACGAGGGCUCAAAGACCGAGCAACAUGUCACUCUUUCACUGCCAAACAAGGGUCCAAAGGGCAAAGUUUUCUACUCUGUGUCCUUCUAUCCUUCGCUCCCUUCGAUGACUAUCAAGGAAGUCGAAACAGCAAAUGAGAAGGCCAGAGAAGCCAGGGAGAAAGAGCUCGAAGAAGAAAAGGCCCAGCAGGAGAUGGCCGAAGACUUCAAGAAGAACCCAAAGAAGUACGAAUGGUAUGUCCCAGAAGAGGACGAAGAGGAGACCAGAAAGCCAACAAAACUGCAACUAUCGCCUUCAGAGCUGCUCUCCUACAACUCUGGAACGCUUGGUAUUACCGUCAUGGGAGGCCAGUUCACCAGUCCAGAUCUUUAUGUUUCGUGUGUUUUGGACGAACAGCCCUUUCCAUCGUAUAUCUCGCCAAGAGCCACAGGCCGCAGGAUGGCCUCAACUGAUGUUGGUGAAGCCUUCGUGAGAGACUUGCAAAAUGCGGUGCUCAUAGUGCGUUUGACCAAGAAGGCCAUUGCCGAGACAGAGAAGGACAUUCUUUCCGAGGAAAGCUUCAACCUUUUGGAUCUGUUGAAGAAGAACUACGGUUCAUCCUUCACUCUCAAUGUGGGUGGAAGUCAUGUGAAGUUCGUGUUUGAGUACGUACCAAGCGCAGUGAAACUUCCUGUUUCGGAAACCAUGUUAGACACAGGAGUUUUGCACCUGGAGAUUCUUGAUGCUGCUGAUUUGAAGGCAGCCGACUCGAAUGGAAAAUCAGACCCAGUUUUGAAGAUUUUGGUCAAUGGCACCGAGGCUUAUGAGACAAAGGUGGUUAAGAAGACGUUGAGUCCAACGUGGAACGAGUCGGUUGACAUUCCAGUUCCUUCCAGAGCGAGAUCUAGCGUUAUUGCGGCCGUUUUUGAUUGGGACUUUGCUGGUGAGAAUGAUUUCCUUGGAGAGGCUAGGCUGAACCUUGAGGCCCUAGCGCCUGGUAAGAGCCAAGUCUUCAAGGCCAAUUUGAACACCCAGGGUUCUGUCAGAUUCAACGCUGUGUUCACACCCAAAUACAUUAGACCCAAAAUUGGUGCCAGUUCUGGUCUCGAUCUUGGAUCGGUGGCUGGUGCUCCUGUGAAGCUCGUCGCUGGUGCUACAGGUGCUGUUGGAGGAGUCGUUGGUGGUGCAGCUGGUGCCAUCGGUUCUUCAGGUGGGGGACUAGUCAAAGGGCUUUUCAAAUCCAAACAUCAGAAGAAGGUGGAUGAAUUUGACGAUACGCCAACUCUGGGGGCUGGCAGUGCUGAUAACAGUUUCGAUGCUCCUCCAAUUCCCCUCGGGAUGCAAGACGUUUCUUCCAUCAGAUCGGGUGCUACUAGUGGUACUCGCAUUAACGGCCACUCGAGAAGUGCCUCGCAGUAUUCGCAUGGAAGCUACGCCAGUAGUUUCACCGGUGCUGACGUCAUUCCUGGUCGUUUGAGCAUUCUCACAGGAAUUGGUAUCACCUCGAGGUCACAUGUGUUGGUCCAAGUCAGUAUUGAAGCUUCUAAGCUCAAGGAUAUCUACAAAACUAGGGCCGUUAGGAACUCUUCUGGUGGUCCAUUUGUUUGGCAUGAGUCCAGCUCUUUCAAGGCACCUCCAACUGCGAAGGUGAUCUUUUCCUUGAAGGAAUCACAUACUUUUGGCAAGUCUACCACAUUGGGUUCUGGGGAAGUCUAUCUGAAAGAUAUCUCCGGUAAGACAGAGGAGAUCAAGGUGCCAAUCAGCAACGAGAUUGGUGACAUUGUCGUGACAUUCAACUACGGGUCACGCCAAUGA